AUGACCACAGAGUCUCAUGUUCGAAAAAGGAAGAGGCCCACUAUUGUCUGUCAACGUUGCCGUGUUAAAAAAUCCAAGUGUGAUAAGGCGCAACCGUGCCUGAAUUGUGUCAAAGCCAAAUGUCCAGAGACAUGUGUUUACGAAUCUGAACUUAAGCGUGAAGUUUCGCCACCAAAGCUAUCGUCCGUACCACUGGACUGGAAUGAAUCGAUCGAAAAGCAUCUCAAGUCUCAUGAAAGUGCCAAUAGGCUGCAAAUGUUCUCACCGUCAUCGUCUGUAUUUAUGACAACGCCCACCAGAAGCGUCAUUGUCGAAAGCAACGAUUGGCUUAUAGGUGUUAACCCUGUGGUUCGGUCGACGGACAUGUUGAACAUGCACAUGGACCUAAUGGCCAUGAAUUCAGCUUCUGGCUCUUCGCCAGACUCGUCGUAUUCUCAAAUCAAGUUCAAAUGCGUCAAAGACUCCACCAGGACGAUCAGUCAGAUGGAGAUCUCACAGCAGGAGCCUGGCGCACGCUUGUUCUGGAAUUUCAAUGAGAGCAAAAAAAAAUUGAAGUUGUUGACCAUCCAGAACUUUCUGGAUAAUCGGCUUCGGGUGCAAUUGCAAGAGGAAACACGUAUGACAUUCGGUCACAAAUACAUCGAUCUUUAUACGUACGGACUUGGCAAUAUUUACUCCAAUUCCAUCAUUCGGAAGCAGUUUGCCGAUUACGGGGCAUCAAUUGGUGUUUCUUUCUUGCAUGAUUUUGAAUUUAUGGAAGGAGAUUCUUUUAACACGGCCUUGAUGAGGCUUCUUCCUCUGCGUCCUGCGUUAUUGGCUUAUGUGGAUCGCUUUUUUCAAAAAAUUUACCCGUUGUUUCCUGUUUUGGAUGAGAAAUGGUUGCUCACUCACAUUCAAAGGCUCUUGGUGUAUUCCUCGGAUGGCUCUGCCCUCUUGGAUGUUUGUAUUACUAGUAAGGACGAUUUACUGAUACUUGCCAUUCUUCUCUUUGCUUUGCGAAUGGCUUACCUUUCAUUCCUCACUAAUGUUCGAAUACUGAAUGAAAGUAUCUUGGAUAUGCCCAGGGAAUGGGGGCUGACACUACGUCAGUCUGAGAUUUCCUUGAACUGUGUGGAUGUUGCGAUCAGGCUCCUUAACUCGGGCAGAUACCACAAAAAAACGCUGCUUGUGAAUUUUCAAGCGCACUUGUUGCGGGCUGUGACUCAAAUUUAUGCUCUUGAAAAUGAAACGACUUUCAACAUUCAGGACCCCGAUUGUAAUAUUGGACAGUUGGUUCAUAUGGCCACAACUCUUAACUUGGACCGCGAUCCAGACUAUGUUGAAGAUAACUUGCCCACUGAUGAAGCUUCAAAGAAUCUUCGACGAAAAUUGUGGUACGUCUUGGUGCGUAUGGACUACAUCAUAUCCUACACCUUUUUAUCUCCAAGGUGUAUUUUAGCUUCACAUUACAAUACGAAGCUUCCAGAUUUUUCUCCGCUUGGCAUGAACAUUGUCAAUGCCAAAGUUGAGGAAGAGACAGUUCAACUGAUGAUGUACCUACAUGAAAUAAUUUGUGGCGGAAGUGAACUUCUUGACAUAUGUGUAGACAUGCGGAACCCUCAUCGUGCAAUUGAUGUUAUUUGCAAAUUGAACGAUUUCGAGAUCUUAAUUGAUGAACGUCUUGGCCGAACUCAGAUGUACUUCGAUGGUUCUGCUCCCAAUAACUACUCCACAUAUGCGUUGACAGUCCUCCAGAUGCAAACACAGGUUCUCCUCAAGCUCUUCUUGGCAAACGUGUAUUAUUUCUUGCACUUAUACUACUGCUACCAGGGGGUACUGGAGUUGGACAACUACUUUUUCAGGAAGCUCCUUCUUAUUGCCUUCAAUGAAAUGAACCACUUCUGUCCGGAGCUAAUGUUCUCCACCACUCUGAUUGCUGAUCCAACCUUCAAUCUAAUUAUGACACCUGUCAUUCUUAUCUACUUGCAUGUGAUUGCAAUUUUGGGUGUUGGAUUUGUGCUUCGAAUUCAUUGUACGAUGUUUAUUUUGGAGAGAGACCAAAAAAAUGAAUUGGGUCUUAGGGUGGUCAGGGACAUGGGAAAUCGAAUUGAAACUUUCCUAUCUAGGAAGCUCAAGCUUUGCAAAUUGCUCAGCGAAAGAUAUUUUUACGGGUGGAAAUGCUCCAAAGCCAACGGGUUUGGUUACAAUAUUAUAUACGACAAUCGAACCUACUCGGGAGAUCUAGAGGGAUUGGCAAAGGCAAAAUUGUCAUGGUCUGACCGUCAUCAGAUGGACAUUCUUGAUUUGAUACCAGAAGAAGUUCCCAUUCAGAUGUCUGACGUAGGCGAUGUUCGCCAGCACUGCUAUUAUAGCGUUCGGAGUUUGAACGACUCUGACUUGAAGGGCUUAGACUUGUACAAGACCAUUCAAACAGACAACUUCUGGAUUACUUUUAACUCCAUUUCUGAACGUGACAGUUAUGCCGCUGCUCUUGCAAAGGGUAAAGAGUUGCAUCCUAGCGCACCUGAGAUUGUGCCUGGUGUGGGAAGUGUAGUCAAUUACGAACUGAGCAUUCCGCCACUGGGAGUUGGAACCCCACGGACUGAGCUUCCUGUUCCGGCUCUUGAAAAGGAGUUUCCUGAACUCGUCGGUCCUGCUUCGAAUGACAUGUUUGAUAUCAAUUUCUUCAGUACAGACUGGUCGAUUGACCAAUUCUUUCCGCCGAUGAACUAA